AUGGAGAUCACCAAAGGAAGUUCUAUCCUAAUCAUGCUCAUAGUCUUUGUCUCAAGUUUGAUUCAGUCCAAUGCAUAUUAUUACCGUUAUUGUAGCACCAAAGGAACUCGAUGCUAUGGAAAGUACAUCGUAUGUCCUGCCGAGUGCCCAAGCAGUGAAUCUACAAAUCCUAAGGCUAAGGUUUGUUACAUCGACUGUGACAAACCUAUAUGCAAAGCUGUCUGCAGACAUCGCAAACCAAACUGCAAUGCACCAGGAUCAGGGUGUUAUGAUCCCCGGUUCAUAGGUGGAGAUGGCAGAGUCUUCUACUUCCAUGGAAAGACCAAUGAACAUUUCAGUUUAGUCUCUGAUUCAAGCCUUCAAAUCAAUGCUCGCUUCAUUGGACACAGGCCAGCAAAUAGAGCACGUGACUACACAUGGAUUCAAGCCCUUGGAGUACUCUUCAAUUCCAAAACCUUCACACUUGAAGCCACCAAAACAUCAAAAUGGAAUGACAAUGUUGAUCAUUUAAAAUUCACCUACAAUGGGAAUGAUCUAGUUCUAGCUGAAGGCACUCUUUCCACUUGGUACUCUCCGGAGAAAGAUGUUAAAGUGGAAAGAGUGGCUAGCAAGAACAGUGUGAUAGUUACAGUAGAAGAUGUUGCUGAAAUUUUGGUCAAUGUGGUGCCAGUAACCAAAGAGGAUGAUAGGAUUCAUAACUACCAAGUACCUAAUGAUGAUUGCUUUGCACACUUGGAAGUUCAGUUCAGGUUCUUUGCUCUGUCCCCUAAAGUUGAUGGUGUGCUUGGGAGGACCUAUAGGCUUGAUUUUGAGAACCCAGCAAAGCCUGGUGUGGCAAUGCCUGUUGUUGGAGGAGAAGAUAGAUACUUCACUCCCUCUUUGCUUUCUCCAAAUUGUGCUUCUUGUGUGUUCUCACAGAAAAGUUCAUCUGAGGAAGAGACCACUGAAGUGACUCAGUUUGGUACCCUUGAUUGCACCAAGUUUUCAUCUGGGUUGGGAAUCGUUUGCAGGAAAUGA